AUGUCAGCUUACGACGUCAAGGACAAGUUCGCCAUUGUCACAGGCGCCGGUUCUGGUAUUAAUCAUGCAUUCGUUGAACUUCUUUUGGAGGCAGGAUGCUCAGUCAUUAUUGCCGACAUUCAGUUAGGGCCCGAAGCUGAGGCGACCAUUACUAAACAUUGCAAAGACUCUACAGAUGUCUCCGACUGGAACCAAAUCAGCUCACUGUGGGCGACCGCACUCGAAACUUUUCCGCAGGUAGACAUCGUCUGCAAUGGCGCGGGCGUCUAUGAGCCUCCAUCAAGUUGUUUCUGGAACAUACCUGGGGUUUGUCCCCUUGCACAGGAUCCUAUUGAUGCCAAAGUCGGCCAGUACAAGACGUUCGCGGUGAACACCACUGGACCAAUCCGGUUGGCUCAAAUCGCCAUUGAUUACUGGCUUCAAAAUCGCAAUAUCGAAGGCAACCUCCUUUGGAUUGCAAGUUUGGGUGGUUACGUGCACUCAAUGCACACGCCAAUGUACUUUGCCAGCAAAGCUGCGAUUGUAAGCAUGGUCAAGAGUCUUGGUGGCCUCAGAAAGGAGCUGGGUAUCCGAAACGCUGCAGUGUGUCCUGGAGCGGUCUACACUCCCAUCUUUCAUCCCGAGUAUUGUCGUGAUAGAGUGCGUCCCGACGACCUGACUCUCACUCCACAGCAAUGCGCUGCUGUCCUGAUGCGCGUUCUUUGCGAGCCUGAAUUUGGCGACGGAAAUGUUGUGGAGACGAUGUUGGUUGGAAGCAAGGAUGACAAUUUUGUCAGCGUCAGGGAGGUACCACUGCAUCUGCUCUAUCCCACCGCCGGGCCUGUGGGACAGGACAACCACCUGUUGGAAGAGGAGGUUAAGAUGGUCAAGCAGCUCAAAGAGCAUGGCAUGAGGGCCUGA